AUGAACGAAAAUGGAGACGAUGUGAAGAAACGUGUAUGCCGAAACAUGUUUAUAAACACUUUAAGUAUUGGUGAGAAGACGGUACGCUCAUGGACAUUAUCAGAUCAACCCAGUACAAGCCUUGAAAACGAAGAUCAUCAAGCGCAGAUCCGACGACAAAAAUCAAACAUGGUUAAGAAUGUAGAGGAGUUUCUGAAUUCACUGCCUAAAGUAGAAAGCCAUUAUUGUCAAGCAUCAUCCAAUAAACUCUACGUUGAGCCUUUGUGGUCUAGUCUAAGAGAGAUGUACCGCUUUUAUAAAUGA